UCUGCCCCAUUUUUUUUUAUUGAGAAGAUAAUUUUACAGCAGUACUUUCACAUACAUUCUCACGCGUACUCUUACAUUCAGUUUCUCUAUCUGUCUGUCUCUCCUUCCAAUAUGUACCUUACAGUUUCUCUCACUCUUCUGGUCCUCUAUUUGGGACCAUUGGAUCAGACCACAAGUUAUGUUCUCUCGGAGAAACUGGCAGACAGUAAACUCUGUGCAGAGAAGGAGUGUUCAUAUGCUCUGUCCAUGGCCUUGGCUUUAGAUGACUUCACAGCUCCUGACUGCAGAUUCAUCAAUAUUAAGAAGGGGCAGAUGAUCUAUGUGUACUCAAAAUUAACACCAGCAGAGGGUGCUGGAGUCUUCUGGUCGGGCAGUGUUUACAGUGAGCGUUAUGUUGACCAGAUGGGAAUCAUUGGCUACUUCCCCAGCAACCUGGUAAACGAGACGUACAUAUUCCAGAGGGACACGGUACAGAUCCCCACCAGUGUCAUGGACUUCCAUUGUGUUUGAACUUGCACAGACAUGUGUCAGCUAUUGCAAACAAGAACGGGUAGAGAAACCGAAAUUAUUCAAGAUGUUAUUUUCUACCGAUAAUAUUUAGAUUUGUGUACUGAAAUUACAAACCUUUUUAAUAAAACAUUAUUUUUAUUCCAUGCA